CUCCAGCUGUGGUUGAGACUAAUCACCACCUCUAGUGACUCACUUACAAAAGAAAGAAAAACUGUAUUAAAAACAAUAAAAUAUACAUUUAUACACUUGUAAUCAAAAAAGAUCAACAACAACAACCGCUAAAAAGCAAUGGCUGCCACCCUAAAACCAUAUUUAACUGCCGUGCGGCAUUCGCUGACAGCCGCAAUGUGUUUACAAGAUUUUCCUUCGCAAGUUGUGGAGCGGCACAACAAACCGGAGGUGGAAACUUGCUCCAGCAAAGAACUUGUGCUGACGCCCAUUGUGGUCUCCCGAAAUGAGAGAGAGAAGGUACUGAUCGAGCCAUCAAUUAACUCGGUACGCGUUAGCAUUGCAGUUAAGCAGGCAGAUGAAAUCGAACGCAUUCUGUGCCACAAGUUCACCCGAUUCAUGAUGCGACGUGCCGAGUCAUUCAUCAUUCUGCGACGAAAGCCAAUCGAAGGAUACGAUAUCAGCUUUUUGAUCACGAAUUUCCACACAGAGCAAAUGUAUAAGCACAAGCUGGUUGACUUUGUCAUCAGUUUCAUGGAGGAAAUCGAUAAGGAAAUCAGUGAAAUGAAACUGGCCGUAAAUGCACGAGCCCGAACCUGUGCUGAGGAAUUCCUAAAACGAUUUUAGUUCUUAUCAACAACAAAAACAUUGUGACAUCAUUAACAAUUUCAAUAAAAGAAAAAUGUAUGCUUCCA